AUGAACACACCAACGACCCUCCGCCUGCUGCGACAAGCACCCAGAAGGGUUACCCUCGCCCAUCCUACCACCAGCACAACAUUCAGACCAUCCGCGUUCCGCCCGAUGAGCACCACCAACACAAGCCAAAUCGCCUUCAGCCCACGUCGAAAGGAUUCGUCAGAUCCUUACCACAAAUCCAGCACAGAUGCCACCGGCACAUCAGCCGGUCCCCACGAAGGAUCCGCCUCUCGUACAGACAGGGACAUUGUUGUCGAGUAUCCAGACGACGAGUCUGAGCUGCAACCGCAUGAACGCCCCCUCCGAGGUCGAGGGGGUGUGCAAUUUGUCAGGACUUUACCUACCUUCUCACUCGAGGGUCGCACUGCUGUCGUCACCGGUGGCGCUCGAGGGUUGGGGUUGGUCAUGGGUCAGGCCCUGGUUCUUUCUGGUGCGGACUUGGCCAUUGUUGAUUUGAAUAAGGAGGAAGGCGAGAAACAAGCCCAGGAAUUGAUCAACAUGUUCCGACGCGAAAACCCCGACGACCCCGACGUGGUUCCCAAGGUGACAGCCCACUACGCCGAUGUCUCAGACCCGGAGAGCGUGGAUGCCUGUAUUAAGGAGAUCCUCGACCGACACGGCAAAAUCGACCACCUCGUAACAUCCGCCGGCUUCACCGAGAAUUAUGCGGCCGAGACAUACCCUUACGAACGAAUGAAGAAGCUCUGGGGCGUGAAUGUUGACGGCACGUACUUGUUUUGCACCGGUGUCGCCCGCCACCUUAUGGAGCGCAAUAUCACUCAUGGCAGCAUUGUCAUGAUUGGGUCCAUGUCCGGCGCCAUUGUCAACGUUCCUCAGCCCCAAGCACCUUACAACGCUGCAAAGGCGGCUGUCAGGCAUCUGGCUUCCAGUUUGGCUGUGGAAUGGGCACAUGCACAUAUCAGAGUCAAUUGCAUCAGCCCAGGCUAUAUGCUGACGGCCCUCACACGCAAGAUCCUUGACGACAACCCGGAACUGAACAAGACAUGGACUUCACUAAUCCCCGUCGGUAAAAUGGGCUCUCCUGAAGACUUGCAGGGUGCUGUUGUGUACUUGCUCAGCGAUGCUAGUCGAUACGUCACUGGAGCUGAUUUGCGUGUAGAUGGAGGGUGA